AUGGGGAGCGCUGUGCCUGCGGCGUCGGCGUGGGCCCGCCAGAGGGCGCUCGCUCCCCGCAAGGCCGACUCAGACCCGCCCACCCCUUCUCCGGGGCCUGCGCUUGUGCCCGGCCCUUGGGCGGAGACCGCGCCGCGCGCCUGGCUGGGGGCAUCAGUGUCAACUGGGGUCAUGCCCCUGCCACCUGUUGUCAUGGCAACGCCACCCGAUGCCAUGCCCUUGCCACCUGUUGUCAUGCCAACGCCACCCGAUGUUAUGCCCUUGCCAGUUGUUGUCAUGCCAACGCCACCCGAUGCCAUGCCCUUCCCACCUGUUGUCAUGCCAAUGCCACCCGAUGUUACGCCCUUGCCAGUUGUUGUCAUGCCAACGCCACCCGAUGCCAUGCCCUUCCCACCUGUUGUCAUGCCAACGCCACCCGAUGUUACGCCCUUGCCAGUUGUUGUCAUGCCAACGCCACCCGAUGCCAUGCCCUUCCCACCUGUUGUCAUGCCAACGCCACCCGAUGUUACGCCCUUGCCAGUUGUUGUCAUGCCAACUCCACCCGAUGCCAUGCCCCUGCCACCUGUUGUCAUGCCAACGCCACCCGAUGUUGCACCCUUGCCACCUGUUGUCAUGCCAACGCCACCCGAUGUUACGCCCUUGCCAGUUGUUGUCAUGCCAACUCCACCCGAUGCCAUGCCCCUGCCACCUGUUGGCAUGCCAACGCCACCCGAUGUCACGCCCUUGCCAGUUGUUGUCAUGCCCUUGCCAGCUGGGGUCACGCCAGCCUCAUGCUAA